AUGAAAAAUUUAAAACUUACAAACUUUGAACAAUUCAAAAAAAAUUACCUAGAUGAAAAUGACAAAAUAAAAGUAUUCAAGUAUUUCUAUUAAUACAAUAAUUGCUUUGGUUUGAUUUCUCAAGAAGAUAUGCAAGAUUGUUAAUAAGCUGAAUUUUUAGAAAAAGCUCGUACAUAUAGUGCUUUUUUAAGUAUGAGUUGUCUGAUGCUGACAUUGGAUAAAACUAUAUUUAGAAGAAGUUCAUUCAAACCAACUAAGUUCUUAUUCUAAUAUGGAGUUCUGCCAAUGAUGUCUUUUUAAAUAACAAAAAACUAUUUCUGUAGGGAUGUAGAAUAGACCUUUCAUGACAUGACUGAGAAAUAUCAAUUUGGUGUAGAAUAAUAUCAUUAAGGAAUGGAAUUGAUGACUCGUGCACAUAAAGCUAAUCGUUUAAAUGAAUUCUUAGAAAAAGGAGUUGAUUUUGAUUGGAGCACAGUUGAGAAUGAGUGAA